CACUCAAGUUGCUGCAGUAAUUCAAGACUAUUUUUACAUAUCCACGCCUGGCAACCACUUAGGUGUUUUGCUACUGGUCCAUUCAAUUGCCGCUCUUUGAAGCAACAUCUGUGAUUGGCCAAUACAUAAUUGAUUCCAAGAAUAUGAUCUAAUGUUUAUUAACAUCUUGUUUAACGCCCACAAUUCUUCGAAGUCGAAAUCGUCAUCUCUCACGGUGUUUUCCCGUCGAUCACGCUUGCGCAGUUGGGCAUGUAUUCCAACAAACGAGAUGUUUUCAACGAAAAGUAGAUCGUGAACACCUAGGAGACUGUUUGGAGUGUCUCGAGUCUGCAAACACUAGAUUGCGGCCGAGUUCACGUCAGAUACCAAAUUGAGCACUGCAGGCUUUCAAAAACACGCCCUUAUGACCAAACAUGAGACUAGGCGUCAUCGAGUUUGAGAGCUGUGACAAUAAUUCUUGGCGGAUUUGGCGCGUACGCGCACGGAACUUCACUAUCCUGCAAGAAGGUGAUUGCUAGACCCUUGUCGCCGCGCCAUGCGUCUAGGAUACGUAGCAACUGCAAUCAGCACGUCUCUUCGGUUUCUAGAUGAAGCAUUGACAACUGGAAACUUACAUACAAACUGUUCUAUUGCCACAGCAACAUGCAUGAAAAGAAAACGUUGCACGAACGGAAGGGUCUUGAAAAAUGCGCCUAGAGGCUCUCGUAACUAGCAAUGGCAGCUGAAUUGACCAUAUUAGGAAAUGAAGCCACGCCUCUACACGACUGAAAGUCACGGCUCUCUCUCAGAAGCGUGAUUCUAGGCAUGAGUCUAUUUGCAAGUGCCGUGUCCUAAUCCUAAUUACCUCAUUACACCCACACUCCGUAGGAACACUGCACGUCUAUCCAACUUGGCAACUCUUUCUGCAGACGAGGAAACGACAACAUUGUCGGACAAGAGACUUGCUCAAGCCCGCAAAGGCGUUGCAACGACGCUGCAGUUGUGCGGAAGAGAGAGAAAGAGAGAUAGAAGGCUAGAUGAGCAUCGGCGGCAGAGACGGAGAUAAUUCUGAGAUGCCACAUCAUCAUAUUCGUUUGACGCUCAGCGUCAGUCCAGGGGGCGAGAACUGUGUCGACGAGAGUGAGGGAGAUGGAGAGAAUAUUGAUCCGGCUGCAGGCCUACCACACGAUCCGCGGAACUGGACAUCUGAGCAGGUUGGCAUCUGGGUGCAAAGAUGGGGACAGAAAUAUAACAUUGAAAACUUGGAUCUGAGGAGAUUCCACAUGAAUGGUAGAGGUCUCUGUCUGAUGACUAUAUCUGGAUUCAACUACAGAGUUCCAGGAAACGGAGAACAGAUGUAUCUCGACUUCCGUAGUCUUCUUGCAAACGUGUAGAUCGAGUCGCAGUAAGUGAGAGCAAGUGAAGACUCCUGCAGAGCUAUAGGACAGUAGGUAGCAGAGUAAGUUUUGACACUUUUUGUAUGGCAGAGUAGGUUAGAGAUCUAUACGUGUAAGCAGCAAAUAAGGUCCCUCGAGCUCGUUUGCUUUUUCGUUUGACACAUGCUAUUGCAAGAACAUGAGAAUAGGGUCUACGACUCUGUAUCUAAAA